AUGAGCAAUAGAAAUGCCAAGGAUACUACGCUGAAAACCCAUAAAGAUACACACAAAGAUGAGGGAAAUGGACAGAACGGACAGAGCCGAUCAACUCGGCCGAGUCGACAGAACGCAGUCGAAGAAGCAAGAGAUUCAAAGAAAGAUACGUUUUUGAAAGUAGCUCCUAGUUUGUUCACGGCAGCAAAGCUGCCGUUGUUCGAUAGCCUGGAUUUGUACACAACACUGAUAAAGAAUAGUGAGGCUUUGGAACAAGGAGAACGACUACGGAACCUCAGCUGGCGAAUAAUGAAUAAAGCGUUACUCAAGGAUCAUGAGCUAAAUAAAUCCAAAAAACGGGAUGGUGUAAAAAACCUCUACCGAGUGAUCAAUCCUGCACAAAAUCCACAAUUUCCCGAGCAUGCUCGACAGCCAGUCGAGAAACAGCAGCCGCUGCAAAUCAUGAGUGCCAUGAGGGGCCAUCCGGUCCCACAACAACAACAACAACAACAAAACCAUCAGCAUCAUGCGAGUUCUCAUUACCUUUCUCCUACGGGACACAUGCCAGCAAGAGUCACAAGCGAUUUGCAGGCCAAGCGCGGUGUGCACAAGCCCCACGAGCUACCACUUGCCCGGCCGCCAACGAGCCAGGGUAAUGUACGAUUCACCCUGGGAUCAGAUGGCGGUUCCAGAAUGACGUCGCCAGAGCCUAAUAAGCAAUCUAUGACAGGCCUUCUCGAUGCACAAUUACCAGCUACAAAGAAAAAGGACAUCCUUCUACCGCGAACAAGCGCUCUAACUGAUGCAGUCUUCGAAGAAACAGAUGACCAACGACCAGAAAAGCCCACGAGGCGUUUAUUACAUCAGCCGCAAUCCACCGGUAGUUUGUUUGCCACUAGAAGUCACGAUAAAAUGGCCCAUGGCACUAGGGAUCACCUGUCAGAUCAAAAACCAAAAUCAUUGUUUGGACCACCGCUUUCACAGCCCAAAUUAGCGUCAGGCACCCACUCUUCACACAACGGAGCUUUCUACAGCAGUGACGAAGACGAGUCUGAGUGGAACUCGCUAUCUGAUGACUCGGAAUUGUACGACGAGGACGAGGACGAGCGGUACUACCAGAAACAAUGGGACAAACUUAUGUUUUCUCGAAAUGACAUAUCUCGAGGGACAAUUAGCAGUCGCGGCACAACUUCGCCGUCGUCUGAUAAACAAGAUCCCAAAAGGAGUUUGCUCAGCGGGCUAUUCCUUAACGAGAUGUCUAAAAAACCUGCUCCACCUAUCAUGAGUUCUGUGAGCGUGCAACACCCGACACUUGAAAAGAGCAGUGUCACUGCCGUUGGUGACGUCACGCCGUCAAGCUCAUGGAAGGGAGGGCUAUCCGCAAUUAAUGAAGCUAUGAUACACGAUAAAACGGCCACCCAUCCACAUGCACACCCUGGCACAGGUUAUAUUCCCCAUCAACGCGGCAGUUUCAGCAGUAUAAUAUCCGAUUCUACACGACAACGCUACAAACAUGAAUCCAACGCACCACCCACGGCCCAAACCAUUUUACCUACAGCGUUAUCCACGCAUAUGUUUUUGCCCAACAAUGUCCAUCAGCAACGACUGGCUAAAUCCUCGUUGUCUUCGUCGUCGCCAUCUUCAAAAUCGGUGCCACUGAAGAGACGUGAAUCUAUGGAUAUACCGUCCAAAAAAAGCACGAAUUCAUUUUUGAAAACUCGAGUGGAGUUGUCUGAAGAGCAGUAUCUCUCUCGGGCGCUUAAUGGUCGCUAG